AUGCGCCUGGUGACAGAGAGCCGCUGGUUGCAGCUGCCAUUGCCGGAGUCCGGGCAGCGGCUAACGCCAGAGGAGGUGGACCGGGUUGAGAUGAUGCCCAAAUUCACGCUGAACAACGCUCACUAUUUCUGUGAGACAGCCGACAUCACCCGGCCAUUCCCCAGCAGCCACAGCGUGGACAACCCCAGCUGGGAGUUUGUGUGGAACCGCUGGCUCGCCGCAUCUCUGCGGAAUGGUGUGGUGGAGUCACGGACAUUAGAGGACAACAGGGGCCUGCGUUACACCCUCGUGCUCUUCUCACGGCGGAGCAGGCUGCACCCUGGCAUGCGGUACAUUGCACGGGGGCUGAACAGCUUGGCAUCUCCGGGCAAUGAGAUUGAGUGUGAACAGCUGUUGUGGUUGGCGCCACAGAGCCCGGGCGCUGCGCUGUCUUGGAGCAGCUAUGUGUGGCGGCGAGGAACGGUGCCGAUCUGGUGGGGAGUGGAGAUCAAGUCUGGGGGAGUGGGUGAAGCCACAAUCGUUGUCAGCGCUGACAGACCCUACAACGGCACCAGAAGGUACUUCCGCCGCCUGCAGAAGCGAUACUCGCCAGAGGAUGCCAGCAAGAAGACUGCUUCAUGCAACGGCGAAGAUGUCGCCAAAGAGCCGUCUGAGCUGCAGGGCGUCAACACACCAGUCACUUGCAUCAACCUGCUGCGGUGCAAUAUGCAGAGGAAGGAUGAGCUGCUGCUGUCAGAGCACUUCUCAGAGGGGCUGCGCACUGUGCGCAAGCGGCUGCCUGGCGCGCCUCUGCGGGUCAUCAACUUUGACUGGCAUGGCAUGGUCAAGGACUUGCGCGAGAAGGGUGCUGUAGAGGGGCUGUGGGCACUGCUGGAAACCAUCAUUGCUCAGAGCGACAUUUCUGUCGGCACGCUGGAACCGUCUGGGACUGCUGUGCAAGAGGAGAGCGAGUCUGAAGAGAGGGCGCGCAGCGGUGCUGAUGCCAGCACAUCUGGUGCCACUCCCUGGGGAGACGAAUGGAAGAUUCACUGGCGCAGCCGGCAGUGCGGUGUGGUGCGCUACAACUGUGCAGACUCUCUGGACCGCACCAAUGCAGCCUCCUACUUUGGCGCAGUGCAGGUGCUCUCCGAGCAGUGCCGGCGGCUGGACAUCGGCAUAGAGGCGAGCAGUGCGCACAUAGCGGCGCUGUCAGAGGCCAGGGGCGUCGCACGCAAGAAGCCAGCCUGGAACUUGGACAUCAGCAGCAUCCACCGCCGCAUCAAGGAGGACAUGCGCACCAGCCAGCGCACCAAAACAGGCGCCGGCGAACCGCCUCCGUACAAUGGCGACUCCUCUCUGCCGCCUGGCUGGGAGGCAAGGAAAGAUGAGGUGACAGGGCGCCACUUCUACAUAGACCACAACACCCGGAAGACCACCUGGGUGCGGCCGGCAUCGCCCCUGCCGGCCCCGACAGCGCGCACCCCUGACAGCGCCACUCCAGUGGGAGGCUCCCCCGACGGCUCCUCUGAUGACCUCGCUAGCGCAGCCGACGAUGCCAGCGAGGCAGCAGUGGCGCCGGCAAAUGCGGAGCCGGAUGCAGAGGUUGCUGGCAAACCAGGGGAGCAGCGCUUUGGCCUCUUUGGCCUGAGCGUGGACGAGGUGAGGUCGCGGCUGCGGCCGGAUCUGGUGGCGCAGCACGCGGAGAUAUUCCUGAUCAACGGCGACAUGAACAGCAACCUGUACACGUCGUCGCGCGCGAUGCACAGCGCGAUCCUGUCGCUGCUGCAGCCGGACGGCAGCGGCAUGAGCAAGGCCGGCGUGGGGCGCCUGCAGAACAUCAGCGUCUCCGUGCAGCGCCGCUGGAACAACGUCCUCUCCGACUCCACCCGCCAGACCAUUGUGGAGCUGUUUCUGGGCUUGCGGCUGCCCUCGUAUUUCCCAUCAGCGCGCCUGCCCUUCACCGACACGCUGCCGCUGGACGAGGACAGCGACGCCGCUGAGUCCGACACUGAAGAGCCAUUUGUCAGUGCCGCCAGAUCCCAGGGGUGGAGCCCGGACCUUGUGAACCAGCACACGCUGUUGGAGGCAUCAAGGGAUGCUCCUGUGGAGGAGGCGCCUGCACCUUCGCCGUGGCAGCAGAUCGGCCAGGAGCCGGGUCACAUCCUGGACCAGCUCACUCUCAGUGAUGUGCAGCAGGCGACACAGCCGGUCCUCCCGACUACCAAGGGGGACCUCCCUGUCACCGCCGUCGGCAGCGGAGCUCAAAUGAAGGACAUGCAGAUGUAG